UGUUGGGAGUGCGCAGAGGAUGAAUGGGAGCACUGUAGUUUAUACUGCAUGCACUUGCAUGCACGGGUCACAAUGCAGUCCGAAAUGCACAUACCGAACGAAGUAACGGGAAAAUAGUAUUUUGUCUAGGAGUGCAUAACCCAUUCGAUCCUGAUUGAAACGCAUUGCGACAGUAAGCGCACAUAGUGGUAUUUAUCCACCACCUAUCAAGAUAUAUCAGUGUAUGCGUGCAAAGCACGACCCUGUUUGUCCUCCCUAAGCCGCAGUUGUGGUCGUUGUAAUGCAUUCACAUGGGAUGCCCGGAUAACAGUUGGUUCCAUCGCCCUCCGUCAGUCCUGAUUUCAGCAUCAGCAGGUCAUCAUGAGAGUGAGACUGAAGCUGAAGACUGUGUUUGUCUUCUAUUUCAUGGUGUCCCUGCUAGGACUCAUAUAUGCGCUAAUGCAGCUCGGUCAGCGCUGUGACUGCAGAGAUUAUGGCGAGUCUAAAGAUCAGCAGAUCUCUCAACUCAGAGGGGAGCUGCAGAAGCUACAAGAACACAUAAAAACAUCAGAACUGUCAAAAAUCUCUAAACCUAAUCUGCACGCAAUUUAUGUGAUAACACCAACAUAUGCAAGACUGGUGCAGAAGGCUGAGCUCAGUCGAUUGUCUCACACCUUCCUCCACGUUCCUCGGUUACACUGGAUCGUGGUGGAGGACGCUGCACAGCCAACUCCACUUGUCACAGACUUCCUAGCUGCGUCUGGCUUGACCUACACCCACUUACACAAGCUGACCCCCAAAGACAAGAAGCUUCAGGAGAAUGAUCCCAGCUGGCUGAAACCCCGGGGUGCUGAGCAGAGAAAUGAGGGUCUGCGCUGGCUCAGGGACAUGGGUGCUGCUGCAGAGGGAAAAGAGGCAGCCGCUCUUGAAGAGGCUGUGGUGUACUUUGCUGAUGAUGACAACACUUACAGCCUGCAGCUUUUUGAAGAGAUGCGAUACACAAACCGCGUCUCUGUGUGGCCUGUGGGACUAGUGGGAGGGAUGAAGUUUGAGAGCCCGGUGGUUCAGGAUGGAAGGGUUGUGCGCUUCCACACUGGCUGGCGUCCCAAUCGGCCUUUCCCCAUGGACAUGGCUGGUUUUGCAGUAUCCCUAAGGCUGAUUCUGUCUAAUCCUGAAGCAUGUUUUGAUGGUGAUGCUCAGAUGGGCUUCUUGGAAAGCAGCUUCCUUCAGCAUUUGGUUACUAUGGAUGACCUUGAACCUAAAGCAGACCUGUGUACCAAGGUGCUGGUGUGGCACACCCGAACUGAGAAACCAAAGAUGAAGCGGGAAGACGCACUGCAGAGACAAGGGUUGGGUUCAGAUCCUGAUGUGGAGGUGUGAGCUGUACUUCCUCAAAACAUUUCUGGACUUUCAUCAACAAAGAUUUAAAACCCCCGUCGUCCCAAAGUUAUGAUUUUAAGAGAUUCUCAUAAAAAAACGACACUAGUAAUGAACUGACUCCUUGACCUGACACACACAAAAUACUCUUUGGACUUUGGUUUAGAUGUAUUAGGUAUGAAAGUGGUGUAUUUAAAUCAAUGCAGGCAAAGAGGAAGUGGAUUUCCAUAAAUGGUUUCAGUGUAUCUCAUAUUCAGUCCUUAUCAUCUGUACACUUGAACUGUACCUAAAAGAGAAUUUAGCUUACUGUUAAAAACAGUAAACUAAGGUUGUAUUUAUAUAUUUUGCAUUUAUAUCAUUAGAAAUGUUUUGUUGUAGUGUGGGUUAGCCUGGAAUAUCUGUAUAUGCUGUAUGUAAGAGUAGUGUACUUGUUUGUUGCAUUUGUUGUGAUUGUCUUAUCGUUGUUGUUUAUGGCAAUGUAAAACUAUUUAUUUUGGUUUGAGAGGUGAGGGCAGAAUUAAGUAACAUAUGGUGCGAUUUAUUGUGCCAUUCAUCUCUUGUGAAUCUCAUUUUGUGUAUGUGGUGCUGAUAAGGCUCCGGGAGACAAAGUACAAUGACAUUGUCAUUUGUACUUGUGACAAAAUAAUGAAAAUAUUUUAUGAAUGCAAGAACAUUUUUGUGGAGAGGUAAUGAUGUGACAAUUAUAAUAGAUAAAAUAAU